AUGGGUCUAAUUAAUACGUUACUGCAGUUUUGGCUGCUGUCUGUCACAGUAACGGCAGGUGUUCUGCGACAGCUUGAAGAAGAACAGGAAGAACCUUGCAGUACUUACAUCCAUGAUGAGCUUCUCCAUGUAGAUUGUUCAAAUAGAGGACUCACCGAAUUACCUAACGGACUCGAUUAUAAUGCUCAAGUAUUGCUCUUGGUAAAUAACAACUUCGUCAGCUUCCCACCACAGCUAGCAGAUUUUCGACAAAUUGAAAAAUUGGAUAUUUCUGGAAAUCAUUUAAACGGGACGGUACCUACCUAUAUACAAUUAUGGCAACAUCUAAAAAUCCUUCAUCUAUCAGAUAAUAACUACCACACAUGGCUUGCAUUUGAACAUACAUCCAAUAUUUUAAAAUUAGAUUUGUCACGAAAUAAAAUAUAUCUCAUUGACCAAGAUGCAUUCGUUAAAAUGCCACGACUAGCAAUACUUGAUUUAUCUGAAAACCGUUUAAAUAGUCUGCCAACAGAAAUAUUUUCAAAAGCAACCAGACUAGAAGUUUUAAUUUUAUCUCUAAAUUUCUUUUCUGAAGUCCCUAAUUUUCAGUCUGCCUCAUUAAAAAAUCUACAUUUAAGUAAAUGCCAAAUAAGCAGUAUUGGCGUAAAUUCAUUAAAUGGAAUGCAAUCCUUGCUUGAACUAGAUUUAUCAAUGAAUGAAAUUGAAUCUAUUCCCGACAAUUUGACAUCGAAUUCGUUACAAGAAUUAGAUCUCAGUUACAACACAAUUGACAAGCUCACUGACGCUACCUUUUCGUCGUUACCGCACUUAGCGGUACUGGAUCUGAGAGGGAAUGACUUUAAGGAAGUAUGGUCGACUUCAUACUUCGCCUCGAAUCCAUUUUUGAGGGAAGUUCAAGUGAAGGGUAAUCGAUGGAGUUGCGAAGGUUUUAGCGUUAACUUACUUCUUACUUAUGAAUUUUUGACAAAGGAUCCUGCAAAAGUUUCUGAUAACUCACUAAUAUGUUACUCUCCGGAAAAUGUCACCCUAAUGAGCUGGCAACAGGCGUACAUACGGACAUGGCAUGCCGAUGAAGGAUCAACUUCAUCCUAUACUAUAACAGCUGUCAUGAUUGGUGUGAUCAUAGGCGUUAUACUGACAUCGAUGGUAUGUCGAAUUAUAAUAGUCAUGAACAAGUCUGAGGCACCUCAACCUACAUCAGAAACUACUGUGUUGAACACAACACAAUCGAGAGCUGAAUCAGUUGUAUUGAGAGUUCCGAUAAGAGAAGAUUUACCUCCAAGCUAUGACGAAGCUCUUUUAAUGCCCAGACUGAAUGACUCCUUCCAUUCGUUACCUGACUUUGUCGAUGCACAAGAAAAUCAAAGGGAAAAUAGUCGAAGAUCAAGGUCUAUUGGGGACUUAACUGAGUCUAGACCCAGGCUAGGUGACAGACGAUCAGUCAGACGAACUGUAGAAAUUCGUAUAAAU